AUGGCUUCUAACGCUCAGAAAUCCAGCCAUACUUUCUCUGUUUGGCAACAAGAAGAUAUGGUGGUGAGGGAAAGCCUCUUUCCCAGCCCCCCUCCAUCAGUGAGUUGCCAGGUCAUUUCUAGUGCUACAAAUGGCAAUCACUCAACUCUCUUAGAGGAAACUUUUGAAUCGAAACUCAAAAUAACCUCUGACAUCCAUUCUUCAUUGCACUCAGAGGAGGCGGAGACAAAGCUUAGAGCAGCACUGGCAACAUUCAAUGACAAGAUUAGAUAUUUGGAGAAACAGCGGGAGAUUUUGGAGAGUCGCUGGUCAAUGAUUCAAACAGAAGAAACCACCCAAACUGAUCUGGAGCCUCAGUACUUGUCUUAUAUCAGUCGUCUCCUAGGGGAAGUGAAAAAUGUUACGCAGAAUAACCACCAAACACAGAGGCAGCUGCUGGACAUGAUGGAUUCGGUCAAUGAUAUGAAAGACAAGUUUGAAGAUGAACUCUUCCGUCGCACGGAUGUGGAAUAUUCCUUUGUGGAGCUCAAAAAGGAUGCAGAUGGGCGCAGUUUGGAACAGACUGAACUGGAAACACGAAAGCAAGACAUUAAAGAGAUGAUCGAUCUGAUGAAAACAGUUUACAAACAGGAGCUUAAAGAAUUGAUGGAGGAUUCAGGGGACAUAUCAGUGCUUGUAAACAUGGAACAGAGUUGUCCCCUAAACCUAGACAAGGUUGUGGAAGAAGUAAAGGCGCAAUAUGAGCGCAUAGCAUCAUGGAGCCGAGAUGAGGCGCAGGCACUCUCCAAAAACAAGUUGGCAGAAGGAGUACAAAGGGUUGGCCGUUAUGAGCUGGAACUAAAGAGCAGCCGUAGCGAGAUCACCCAUCUCAACAGCAAGAUUCAGCGCCUUCGGUCAGAAAUCCAAAGCAUUCAAAAACAGUGCUCAAAGCUAGAGCAAGAUGUGUCCCUGGCACAGACCAACAGUAACAUGGCCAUUGUAGAUGCCAAUACCAAGGUUACAGAGAUCCAAGAUGUGCUUCUUAAAGCCAAACAGGACAUGGCCAAGCAACUGCGGGACUACCAGGAGCUACUGCACGUGAAGAUGGCGUUGGAUGUUGAGAUUGCUGCUUACAAUUUACUCCUGGAGGGGGAAGAAAGCAGGCUCCAGGCUUCCGCACCUGUAAAUGUCCAGCAUGGAAAUGAUGUUUGUGCCUUCACCGAACCCUCCAGAAUUAGGAUGCAUUUUUAAGGAUUCGCAGAACUAAACUGUAUAGCUAAAUAAUUAAGUGCUGUUUUUGUUAUAAUAAAGUACAGGUAUGGGAUCUAUUAUCCAGAAAGCUCCAAGCCAUCUCCCACGGUGUCCUAUUUAAGCAAACAAUUUUUUUUUAAUGAUUUUCUUUUUUCUCUGUAAUAAUAAAACAGUCUCUUGUACUUAA